CAUAAUUUUCCAGACACUGAAUUUCUCAAAAGCAGUUCAAAUAUUCUCUGAGCUUUUCAUCAAUGUUUCCUAAGAACCAAAAUCUUUUCUACUACAACUAAGCAAAAGUUAGCAAAAUUCAUCACCAUGAUUCCACAGAAAGUAAUUCUCACUUUACUUCUUAUCUCAAUUUCUAUGGCAUUUGGGUUCAGUUCAGAAACAGCAAAAUCAAGAAUGCAUAAUGUGAACAUGACCCAUGUAGCUGAACCCAAAGAAGAGUCUUUUUCAGCUGAAAGAAAGUUGGGAUCUUUGAAAAGGAACAUAAAGUUGGAAUCUUUGAACAAAUCUCGAGUUUUACUAAGUAAGAACUUCACUGUUCUGAGUGAGAACAACACAUUUGAAAUGGGGUUUUUCAAAACCAAUGAUGAAACAAAAUGGUAUUUAGGGAUUUGGUUUGCUUCAAUUCCUACCCCAACUUAUGCUUGGGUUGCUAAUCGUGAAAGACCUAUCAAGAAUCCAUUUUUAGCUACUCUGGAGAUUACUGAGGAUGGGAAAUUAGUUCUGAAGGAAGAUUCAAGAACCAUUGUAUGGGAGACAACCAACUUGGAGAAAGCUAGUGAUGUGAAGCUUUUGGACCAAGGAAAUUUGGUUCUUGUUUCUGAUGAAGGUCUUGUGGUAUGGGAAAGCUUUGAUUUUCCUACAGAUACAUGGCUUCCUGGGAUGAACUUGACUGCUACAAAAUGGCUGACAUCUUGGAGAAGUACUAAUGAUCCAUCACCUGGAAGGUACUCUCUAAGGCUUCAACCACAUAGUUAUGGUGAGAUAGUUCUUUUUUACAAUGGUACUUAUACAUAUUGGUCAACUGGUAAAUGGAGUGAAAAUGCAUUUGUUGAUGUACCAGAAAUGACUGUUCCUUACAUUUACAAGUUCAAUUUUAUAGCACCCUUUACUCCCAUGGCAACAUUUGGAUACUCAGAGGUGACAUUAGAGAAUGGAAUGCCACCUCCUUUAACUAGGUUCAUGGUGGAUUUCACUGGGCAGAUUAAACAGUUCACUUGGAUCCAACAAGCACAAAGUUGGAACAUGUUCUGGUCACAGCCAGAGAAUAUGUGUAGUACUUAUGGUUUGUGUGGGAAUUUGGGGUUCUGUAAUAGUAAGUCAUUGAAUCCAUGUAAGUGUUUGCCAGGUUUCAGCCCUUUGGAUGGUGAUUCAUGGGAUGCAGGGGAUUUUUCGGGUGGCUGUCGCCGCGAGAGUAAAGAAGUUUGUGGUGAGAAUGAUGGGUUUGAGGAGGUUGGAAUGGUUGGAUAUGAUGGAGAAAGGGUAGUUUCAAUUAUUAAAACUAGAAAUGAAUGUGAGAAGGAAUGUUUAGGUAAUUGUUCUUGUAUUGGUUUGUAUCACAAUGAGAGGACUAAUUUGUGCAAGAGUUUAUAUGGGUCAUUGCUCAAUCUUAGGAAUCUUACUUCUGAUGGCACUAUUGAGGAUAAGCUAUAUGUAAGAGUUCAAGGAGGAGGGAAUACUCAAAAGAAGCAGAUUCAAGGCAGAUUACUUGUGAUCGAAAUGAUCUGUGGAGUUCUGGUAAUUCUGUCUGUUGGAAUUGGGACUUUCUUGGUAUAUAGGAAGAGAAGAGUAAGGAAGAAGAAAAAAGAUGAGGAAGAUGCAUUUCCUAUAAUGAAUUUGAAGGUGUUUUCAUACAAAGAGCUUAAUGCUGCAACGAAGGGAUUCUCGGAGAAGCUUGGUCAUGGUGGUUUUGGAACUGUGUUCCUAGGGGAACUAUCAGAUUCCUCACUCGUAGCUGUGAAGAGACUUGAAAGACCUGGUGGUGGUGAAAAGGAAUUUCGAGCUGAGGUAUGCACAAUAGGAAACAUUCAGCAUGUUAAUUUAGUGAGGUUGAGGGGAUUUUGCACUGAAAAUUCUCAUAGGCUUCUGGUUUACGAGUACAUGUCAAAGGGUCCUCUUAGCGCAUAUUUAAGGUGUGAUGGUCAGAAUUUAAGUUGGGAUGUUAGAUUCCGAAUUGCUGUUGGGACAGCAAGAGGUAUUGCUUAUUUACACGAAGAGUGUCGCAAUAGUAUAAUACACUGUGACAUUAAACCAGAGAAUAUUCUGCUAGAUGAAGAUUUUUCAGCAAAGGUUUCUGAUUUUGGACUUGCAAAGCUCCUUGGUAGGGACUUUAGUAGAGUGUUGGCAACCAUGAGGGGUACAUGGGGCUAUGUUGCACCCGAGUGGAUCUCUGGAUUGGCGAUCACAACUAAAGCUGAUGUAUAUAGCUAUGGCAUGACAUUAUUGGAAUUGAUAGGUGGUCGACGCAAUGUAGAGGCACCUCCUUCAGCUAGAGGUGAAGAAGGUGGAACAGAGGAGAAGUGGUUUUUCCCACCAUGGGCAGCACGCCAAAUAGUCGAAGGAAACAUUGCUGCAGUCAUGGAUGAAAGACUACGUGGAACGUACAAUGUCACGGAGGCAGAACGCAUGGGAUUGAUAGCGAUUUGGUGCAUUCAGGACGAUGAAUCAACUAGGCCUUCCAUGGGAAUGGUGGUGAAAAUGUUGGAAGGAGUAGUCGAGGUGACAACGCCUCAACCUCCGAAGCUGCUCCAAGCAUUAGUAUCGGGCGAAUCAUUUCAUGGGCUAGGAGUUGAUUCGAGUAACGAGACACCACGAGAUGGAGGUUUCAGCUCGGGUUAUAAUCCUCAACAUUCAAUAAAUUCAAAGAACUCUCAAGCUUCAGUUUAGGCAUGGGUAGUGCACUUGAGACACUUUGUGGACAAGCAUUUGGUGCAGGUCAAAUAGAAUUGUUAGGAGUUU